AUGACCUGUGGUCAGCUGUGUGAUAAGAUCGGCCGGAGGUACAUGGUCAUUCUAUCCACUGUUAUCGCUAUAAUAGCCUCAUCUAUAGAAACUUCGGGUCUCUACCAUAAUCUACCUGGACGGAUUUUAGCUGGAAUGUCAAUAGGAUUGUCAUGUCUGUCAAUUCCAAUAUAUUUAGCGGAAAACACUGUGGUUUCAAUACGAGGCCCAAUCAUCAUGCUCAAUAUGGCAGCCCUCACUUUAGGUCAGUUGUUGUCGGGAAUUGCUGCUGCAUCGUUUUUUUACUUGAAGAAUAAAGGUUGGCGGUUUUUGUCUGGUAUAAUAAUCCUCCCUUCCUCUUUGCAACUUGUGGCUUUCUUUUUCCUUCCUGAAAGUACAUGUUUCUUGGCUAAAAAGGGUCAAUUAGCAAAGGCCCAAAAAGUGAUGAAUCUCUUAUGGAAGGAAUUGCCUGAAAAAGAGUUUGAGUUGAUGAUCUCUGACCAAAAUGAAAAUAAGGAAUACAAGCAGAAAUCCUCCUUUCAGAUAUUUAUGUGUAUCCUUCAAACUCCUCCUGUCCGAAGAGCUCUCUUGCUUGGAUGUUCCUUACACAUCAUCAAUCAAAUGUCAGGAAUUAAUAUCAUCAUCUUCUACAGUGGCAUGGUUGUGAAGAUGGCUGGAGUUUAUGACGAUACUGUCACUAUCUGGCUGUCAACCAUUCCUACCUUGAUAAAUUUCCUUGGCACGUUCGUUGGUUUUUACCUGGUCGAACGCAUUGGCCGUCGUUUACUACUGCUGACAUCUACUGCAGGUGUCAUAGUUUCUUUGAUAAUGGUUAGCCUUGCAUUUUGGCAAAUUGAAGUACAAUCACCUGUCGUGUCCUUUGUGGAACCCAAUGCAAAUUUUACUCCUUGUGGAAUGUACAGAACCUGUGCAAAGUGUGUAUUGGAUCCAUUGUGUGGAUUCUGCUAUCAAGAACAUCCCAUUUUGGGUCCAGUCAAUGGAUCCUGUUUGCCUGCCUUAAAAAUGACAAAUUCUUAUUCUAAACUGGGCCGAUGUAACAGCACCUUUUUGGGUGACCAUUCUCCAUUCCAUCUAAAGUGGCAAUCAGACUUUUGUCCCUCAAAUUUUGCUUAUUUCAUCAUGGCUGGUCAAAUACUUUACCUUUUGUUUUUUGCUUCAGGUUUAGGAUCUUUGCCAUGGACAAUAUGUUCUGAAAUCUAUCCAAUGUGGGCUCGGGGAAUUAGUAAUUCAAUCAGUUCCAGCAUUAUGUGGCUAUUCUCUUGGUUGAUGACAGGAACAUUUCUUACACUGAUUCAGUGUCUCACAACUUAUGGGACAUUUCUUUUGAUGGCCUGUGUCACUCUCAUUGGCUGGGUAUUCUGGUUCCUUUGUCUUCCAGAAACCAAAGGAAAAUCAUUGGAGGAGGCAGAAUUAUUAUUCACAAAACCUUUUUUCAAGAAGAUCAAAUUAAAAACGGAAAAGAAUGAAGAACCUGUAUUUAUUUGA